AUGGGUGACGAUGGUGGCAAACCAAACGCCAUGCUGGACUUUCUAGCAACCUUUCCCACUUUAUCGGGACAUCCACCAACGGAUAUGCAAGAAUUGGGGGAUGGUGUAGCGAUUUUUGAAGCCUUGUCGGAAAUUGGACCAGACUAUUUCGAUCCCACCACCAUUGCUCGUCAUUUGGGUGACAAUUGGGCGUUGAAGUCCUCCAACUUGAGAAAGCUCGUGCGCAACUUGGAAUGGUACUUUCACGAGGAACUCAAGAAGGAAGCUGAUUUCGAAACCCUCAAUUCAGAGCUAGGCAACAUUGCGCGCAGUGGUGAUGAAAAAGGCAUUGCACAUCUCAUUGAAUUGGUGGCUGCUGCAUCAGUUACCUGUGACCUUAAGGGAAUGUUUGUGGGCCGGAUCAUGCGCAUGCAGCCGGCAUCGCAGCUGGAAUUGAAGGGCGUCAUUGAACGAGGAAUGAAGAGGAUUUCGGUCUAUGAUGGUGGUAAUGAUGAUAUCGAUGAAUUGGAAAUGAAUUUUGAUACUCCGGAUGCCAAUGAGGAGGAGGAUAAGGAAGAUGGAGCACUGUUUGACGCGGAUCACUUGAAGGAUCCUAGUGCCGUGGACCGAGAGGACCUGGAAACUGCCUUGCUAGAAACUAGAAGGGAACUCCAGCAUCAAAAAUCGCAAAUUUCUGAAAUUAGAGAAGAUGGUGAAAAGGCCCAAACCAAACUUCGUGCAUUGGUGGAAGAUUUGCAAGAUCGUUUGGCCAAGCGUCAAGACGAAUUGAUCACAGCCGAAGAGGAACUGAGAACUGCUACUGCGGACUUGGAUGAAGCAAAGAGCAAAAUCCACGAUCUUGAGGAAGAGAAGGCACAGCUUGACGAUGAACUUGAUGUGGCAUCCGCAAAGGCAACUCAACUUCACAAGGCGGAAGCCACAGUAAUUGCCUACCGAAAAAAGCUUGAGGGUGUUGGUGUUAUUAAUCAACAAAUGACUGAUUUGGAAGAUCAAGCUGCUGGAUACCUACGUCAAAUCAUGGACUUGGAAUCCGAAGUCAAAAAGACAACAACCCUCUCGCGACAAGUCGAUACCUUGCAAAAGCAAUUGUCGGAAUUGCAACGAGAUAAAAUGGAAUCUUCGGACACGCAAAAGAAUAGCUCGGCAGAGAUUGGUGAACUCAAGAAUCUCCUGUCUGCGGCAGAAAAGGCCAAGAAGAUGUACCAAGAUGAACUCAAGGAAUUGCGAGAGCAACAAGCCGCCAUGGUCGAUGUCCCAGAAGUGGAAGGAUUCGAUCGACAAUCCGAAGCAACCACCACUUCUCCAGCAGACCGUGAAAAGACUAUGCGCUUGGAAAUUGAAAACCAAAAACUUAAGGAACAAAUUCAAGCCAUGUCUCAAAAUGGAGAUGUGCCAGUGCCACCAACCGUCGAGACUGCCUCUGCUCCCGUUGUUCCCCCAUCGCCAACUGCCGAUACUUCUGCAUUGGAGAAGGAGGUUGCGGAACUAAAGAACGCUUUGGCCAAGAAGGAAACCGAAAACAAGAAGAUUGGAAGCGACAAAGACAAGUUGGAGGCUUACACCAAGAGAACGCUGGCGAAAUUCCAAGACAAGUACUUGGUGGCACUGCAAGAAUGCAAGGCCAAGCUGAAAGAAAAGCAAGAUAAGAUUGAAAUCUUGGAAAGCCGAAGUGCUACUGAAAAGACUGCUCAAAAGCGCGAGGAACGUCUUUUGUCUUCUACCAUUUAUGAAUUGGGAUUGGCGAUAAUGCAGAAUAGAUUGAAGGAAAGGUAA